UUCGGCGACCCGGGGGAGGUGAGGGAAGGCUUCCUCUGCCCGCUGUGCCUGAAGGACCUGCAAUCUCUCCGUCAGCUUCAGGCGCACUACGAAGAAGAGCACUCGAGCGAGGACAGGGAUGUCAAGGGGCAGCUCAAAAGUCUAGUCCAGAAAGCCAAAAGAGCAAAGAAGAAAUUGCUGAAACGAGAAGGAGAUGACAGAACUGAUUCUGGAUCUCAGGAACGAUAUGAAUCAUUCAGCUAUGGUGGAGUAGAUCCAUACAUGUGGGAGCCCCAGGAAGUAGGUGCUAUGAGAAGCCAUCUUUCUGAUUUCAAGAAACACCGAGCAGCCAGGAUUGAUCACUAUGUAGUUGAAGUCAAUAAGUUAAUAAUCAGGUUAGAAAAGCUUACAUCGUUUGACAGAGCAAACACCGAGUCGGCUAAAAUAAGAGCAAUAGAGAAGUCUGUCGUGCCUUGGGUCAGUGAUCAGGAUGUUCCAUUCUGCCCAGACUGUGGCAAUAAGUUCAGUAUUCGAAACAGACGUCACCACUGUCGCCUUUGUGGGUCUAUUAUGUGCAAGAAGUGCAUGGAACUUGUCAGUCUUCUUUUGGCUAGCAAACUCACCAGUGCCAGCAAAGAGGCUUUGGGUUCUCAUACCAGCCCAAACUCCUCACCUAAUAGUGUCCAUGGCUCCCGCCGUGGCAGCAUCAGCAGCAUAAGCAGUGUGAGUUCAGUUGUGGAUGAGAAGGAUGAUGACCGGAUCCGUUGUUGUCGGCACUGCAAAGAUACCCUAUUGAAAAGAGAACAACAGAUUGAUGAGAGAGAAUACACUCCAGAGAUUGUGAAACUCUAUGAAAAACUCCGACUCUGCAUGGAGAAGGUUGACCAGAAGGCACCAGAAUACAUAAGAAUGGCAGAAUCACUAAAUGCUGGGGAGACAACCUACAAUCUUGAACGUGCUAAUGACUUGAGGGUGGAGAUUCAAAAAGUAUAUGAAUUUAUAGAUGCCUUAAGUAAGAAGAUUUUGAGUCUAGGCUUGCAUGAAAAUCCCCAACCUCAUCCUAAAACACUACAGCUUCAGAGAAUGAUAAGAUAUUCAGCUACACUUUUUGUUCAGGAAAAAUUGCUUGGCCUAAUGUCCCUGCCAACCAAAGAUCAAUAUGAAGAACUGAAGAAGAGAAGACUGCAUAUGAUGGCUCUUGAAACACACGGAAAACAAGAGGAAAAGCAGAAAGACUUUAUCUGCAGAUCUGCAGCCACAGUUAACGGUGAUGCAACUCACCUGAAAAAAGGGACAGUCAGGAAAUCUGAAGGCUGGCUACCUACAUCGAGCAUAUCAAGACAGAGUGAGAUAGCAGACCCGCUUCUUCAGCAGAUUGACAAUAUCACAUCCUUUAUUAAGCAAGCAAAGGCAGCUAAUAGAAUAGACGAGGUCCAUAUGUUGCAAGAGAACUUGAGGCAGCUUCAGGAUGAGUAUGAUCAACAACAAACUCUGAAAGCUAUUGAGCUUUCUAAAAAACAGGCAGAAGAGGAAGAGAUGCAGAGGGAGGAACUUCAGGUCCUUCGUGAAAAAGAGUGGGAAAGAGAACACCACAAAUUAAUGUCUCAGCAUUCAAGGACAUGCUCCUUAGACUUCAGAGAAGUCAAGCAGCAUCAGCAUGAAGUUGCAAAAGAGGAUCGCAACUUGACAGCAGGUGCAUUGGAUUUGGAUAUUACUCAGGUCAAAGGGGACCCAAGUUUUGAAACUCCUGCUGUUGAGCAGCUGCCAGCUAAAGAUAAAGAGCACCUGAUCUUCACACUCAAACCCCAGAGUGUCCCACAGCGUGAUAAAGAUCAGACAGCUUGUCUAAACCCUUUUGAAGAUGAAGCAGAUACCCCUCAGUCAGAGGAAGAUCCUGGUAACCCAUUUGCCAAAGACCCUUCUCCAGUGGUUUCUUUCUCUAACACAGCUCUGCAAAGUGAUAAAAAAGAAUAUAAUCCAUUUGAAAAUGAGGAAGAGGAUGAACAAACUAAUGGAGCACCUGGCAGCACUUCAAAUCCUUUUGAAGAGGAUGAAAAUCCAUUUCAAAAGCCUCUAGGCAGCUGGAAUUCUGGGAAUCCAUUUGAAGAGGGAUCCUCUACAAAUCCCUUUGAAGUGGAGGAUGGCAAUGAGGUAUCUGGAGAGGAGGCUAUAGAGGAAGAGCUGCUUCUCCAACAGAUAGAUAAUAUCAAAGCUUAUAUAUUUGAUGCCAAACACAGUGGACGAAUGGAUGAGGUGGAGGUACUGACGGAGAACUUAAAGGAACUGAAGCGCACAUUAGCAAAGCAGAAGGAAAAAUCCACCUGCUGA